UUUGUUUUUUUAAAUUCUCAUCGAUAUUUCGACAUUCACCCAUACCGGCGCCUUGAGUACAAUUCAAUUUGCGGUCUGAAGCAGCUUUAUGCAAAUACGAAUUGUGUGGGAAGACGUUCUGUCCAAAUUCUAGCUAGAUUUCUCCUUCUUAAGUUAUGGCAACUCUAUUAUCCCUUGAAAAUAACAAGGCCUGCAACCGUUACAUUUCAGGAUGAGUAACGAAUUUCUGGCUGGCUACCAUAUUCCCACAAUUCAACAAGGCGUGCAACCACCCGCUUCACUACUUCCAACUUCCACUGAGGAGCAGCAACAGCAAGAUGUGGAUACUUGCAGUGAAUAUCAAAAUAUUAAUCGAUAUAUUCCUCCAGGCUUACAGGGAACAAAUUAUAUACCACCAUUGCCUGCGAAACCGCCGCUGAAACGUAAGUACAGUGCAGGUCCUGGGAAUACUGAAGCAGCCACCGAUGGACUGUUAGUAAUAUUUCAAGGCCGCGAUGGAAGCUAUCCAGAUGAGUUAAACAAGCUGAUACAUCCCCUGCAUUGCACAUUAUGUGAUGUGCAAAUGAAUUCGUCAAAAAGCGCCAAGGAUCACUAUGAAUCUAAGCAGCAUGAUCGCCAUAUAACCAAUUGGUUGAAUACGAAUUAUGUAGAGAAAGGGCUUACACCACCGACAGUUAAGAGAUUCAUUAAGGAUGGACAAAGCGGCCCAGAGGCUUUCCACUGCGAAAUCUGUGAUUUGAAAUUUGGUUCAUUGGCACAUGCCAGCCAACAUUACUCAGGCCGCAAGCAUAAAUUGGUAGCUAGCAAGGUUUCGCAACCUUCAGGAUCUGGUUAUUACAAUGCUGAAAAUAAAUGGGUGCGCACUGGCACCAAAUAUGUACCAAAAACCAAUGACGAGCGUUUUGGUAUCGGUGAAUUGUUCAAAUUACAAACAACUGAAAGUACGCCUGAUAGUGGCACCACACCUGAUACUACAACGCCCACAACUGCUAGCGGCAUGAUUGCGGUUAAUUCGUCUGACAUUAAAGCCACUUCCACUGGAGGAACUACCAGCGAAGUUGAACCGAAAUCGUUGUACUGUGAUUUAUGUAAAGUGAACGCCACCUCGAAGGGGCAGAUGACAAUGCAUUUGCAAGGAGUAAAACACAAAAAAAAGAUGAAAGCUUUGAGCUUGGAACAUUUUGUUACACAGACAAUACCUUUACCCAAUGUGCCGGCAACAACUAACACCGAAGAUACAAUAUUAGAAAGUCUGAAGCAAAGCAACCCGAGCACUGACUUAUCUAUGUAUCGGACGCCAAGUGGAUCUUAUUAUUGCGAAUGCUGUAACAUAUCCAUGUGUCAUAUUGCGGCGUUACAACAACAUUUGACCGGCAAAAGGCAUUUGAAAAAAGUGAGCGAAGUCAAAGAGCGGGCAAAGCAUGAAGCCAAAAGUAAGAUGGAAUCUAAGAAAUAAGUUGGUAAAGUCCAUUGAUUUUGAUUGCACCUGAAAAAGCUCGAAUCCUAUGCACAUUGCCAAUUGUUCCCAGACGUCAAAUUCGUCUUCAUAAUACAAAUAUUCUAUUCGGAAAUCCAUCACAGCAGCCAUCAUUGAUGCGCAGGGAAAAGUAAGCAGCGCAUCGGAUGAAAAAUUUAAGAAAUGUUUGGGAACUGGGAAUGGUUAGGAAGUGAUGAUUAUAUCGUAUAUAGUAGAAUCGUUUGACAUUAAUAAUAUACGAAAUAUU